AUGCCCAGCAUCUUCGCCUACCAGAGCUCCGAGGUGGACUGGUGUGAGAGCAACUUCCAGCACUCGGAGCUGGUGGCCGAGUUCUACAACACGUUCAGCAAUGUCACCUUCUUCAUCUUUGGGCCUCUCAUGAUGUAUCUGAUGCAUCCCUACGCCCAGAAUCGCUCCCACAGCAUUUACGUCUUCUGUAUCCUCUUCACGUUCAUAGGCCUGUUCUCCAUGUACUUCCACAUGACACUCAGCUUCCUGGGCCAGCUGCUGGACGAGAUCUCUAUCCUGUGGCUGCUGGCCAGUGGCUACAGCAUAUGGCUGCCUCGCUGCUACUUUCCCACCUUUGUAGGGGAGAACAGGUCCCAGUUCACCUGCCUGGUCAUCAUCGCCACCGUGGUCAGUACCUUCCUGUCCUUUCUGAGGCCCACAGUCAACGCAUACGCCCUCAACGGCAUUGCCCUGCACAUCGUCUACAUUGUGUUCCAGGAGUACAAGAAGACCAGCGAUAAGGAGUUUUGUCGUGUAAUUGAGGUCUCCGUGCUUUUAUGGGCUCUUGCAUUUGCCAGCUGGAUUAGCGACCGCUUUCUCUGCAGUUUCUGGCAGCGGAUUAAUUUCUACUACCUGCACAGCAUCUGGCAUGUACUCAUCAGCAUAACCUUCCCUUAUGGCAUGGUCACUAUGGCCCUGGUGGAUGCCAGGUACGAGAUGCCAGACCAAGCCCUCAAAAUCCGCUACUGGCCUCGGGACACUUGGCCCGUGGGGCUGCCCUACGUGGAAAUCAAUAGUGACAACAAGAAAUACUGA